AUGUCGACAGCAACAGGAGAGUACAUGGUAGCCCCAGCGCCGUUCCCAGCGCGCUCGAGGUCUGCUUCGUCGAACAUUCUUGGCCUGGAAACCACCGUGACGUCUAUGUCGUUCACGGACAAGAUUCUCGUUACAAUUACACAGCAAGGCCGUCUGGCACAUUGGGUGCAUGUCCCACUCGAUAUCUCCGCAACCGACACAUCAGCAACCUCGCAAUCGUACCUCGACCGCGAUGACGAAGAUCCUGCAUCUGAUCUUCUUCCUAUGCAUCACUUGACUGCAACAACGAUAUUGGGCGGCACGAUACCAGAGCUCGAGGUUCUCGGUCAGACGCUGGCCACGCAGAUAGCCUCCGCUAUCAAAACUCAAAACGACAGAGAAACGCGGAUGGUAGUACUUGGCAUGGGGCUGGACAAACGCAUGAGUGGUAGAACAGAAUUCAGCGAGCUGGUAGGGCUGAUGCUAGAGGUGUUGUGA